AUGGCGGUUGUUUCGGGCGCAGGCGACUUUCUCGCCCAGUAUUGGCCUGGCAUACUACUACUCCUGGCUGUUGCUCAUUUCACACGCAAUUAUCUCACCGCAGGAGCUUCUUCUAUCCCUGGUCCGUUUUGGGCAAAGUUUUCGAAUCUCUGGAGGUUUAUCGACGUAGCUCAUGGACAUGCGGAAGAGACAUUAUGCAAACUGCAUGUAGAACAUGGUGACUAUGUACGCGUGGGGCCGAACGCAGUGAGUGUUCGGAACCUCGAUGCGUUGAAAACGAUAUACGGUAUCAAUCAAGGCUAUCAGAAGGCAAGUCACCUCGAACCUCAAGUGGAACUCAGUGCGAGACCGGAUUCUACGGAGUGCAGCAACAGAUGGCAAACGGGAAACCAACCCCCCACGUUAUUUACCACUACGGACGAGAAUUUCCAUGCUGCUAUCAAGCGCCCCGUCACGUCGGCCUACUCCAUGAGCACGUUGACCGAGUUUGAGCCCUUUGUUGACAGUACAAUCCAUACGUUCUUCCGGAGGUUGGAUGAGUUUGUCACUCAGAAUAAAGUUUGUGACAUUGCCAAAGGAUGCGACGUCGAAGGCAUCAUGGGUGCCAUUGAAAAGAUGCUAGAUUAUGCUGGCAAGGUUGGCCAAAUGCCGUGGCUGGAUUAUGUGCUUAUCAAGAAUCCACUACGACAGUAUAUCAAAGGCGGGUCAACGAGUGCAGUCGCCCGCUUCGCCCGCGCUCGAAUAGAUGAGAGGUUCCGAGAACUGAGCGAGGCCGGGCAGGCAGCUUCUCCUCCUCGCACCCACAGAGACUUCCUUGCCCGUUUCCUAGAGGCCCAGAAAGCCCACCCGAAUGUGGUCACGGACAACCAAGUGUUCUCGUAUACUGUCAGCAAUGUCAAUGCCGGCUCAGAUACCACUGCGAUUUCGUUGCGCGCAAUCCUCUACUACACUUUGAAAACCCCCAGAGUCUCAGAAAAGCUCGAUAAAGAGCUCCGCUUAGCGUUAGACGAAGGUCGCAUUUCCUUCCCCGUCUCUUGGAAACAAAGCCAGGAGCAACUGCCCUAUCUCGAUGCAGUAAUCAAAGAAGCUCUACGCCUGCACCCUGCGGUCGGGCUCCUGCUAGAAAGAAUAGUCCCGGAAGGAGGCCUUCAACUCCCCGGCGGCCCAUAUCUCCCCGGGAGGACGAUUGUAGGAGCCAACCCCUGGACCAUCCACCGGCAUUCCUGCUUUGGCAAGGAAGUCAACUCAUUUAUUCCAGAGAGAUGGCUGCGAGCCGAAGGCGAAUCGGAGUCUGCGUAUCAAAGCCGUAAGCAACAGAUGCUGCGCGCAACGUUUACCUUUGGCGCAGGCCCGAGAACUUGCAUCGGGAAGAAUAUUAGUCUGCUCGAGAUCUAUAAAUUGAUCCCGUCCCUUUUGUUGCGGUAUAAGAUCUCUUUGGACAAGCCGGACAGCAAUUGGACGACUGUGAACGCGUGGUUCGUGCGACAGAAGAAUAUGGAUGUUCGGUUGACGUAUCACAACUGA